AUGUCGAAGCCAAGUUUCACGUCAGCCACCUCCGCUGGAUCGUCCUCGGGCGGCUACAUCCCGGCCUCCCCCUUGCCGCCGCUUAUCCCCCUGUCAGUGGCCGCUGGCGCCCGGGACCUGGACAACGGCUCACCCCCCAGCAGUCCGGAGCAUUACCGAUCCUCGUCGGACUCCUCGCACUCGUGGGGCGAGCAGGCACAUGAUCCGCGCUUCGACCUAGCCUCGGCCCCGGCCAGCCAGCAGCAGCAGCAGCAGCAACAGCAGCUGGAGGCCUCCUUCGCCGCGUCGGCCAGCGCCUUCCUCCCGGCCAUGUCCUCCCGGUCCAUCAGCGGCUCGCUCGGGGCGGACACCUCAUCCCAGGCGGCCGAAACAUCCACCUCCCAGGCGGCUGCCGCCCCGCCGCCCCUCGCGCCCGGCGACGCUGGCCCCCUGAACAAGCUUCCCCCUGCCCACCUGGAGGACCUGAUUGUCGCACACUCGGCCGAGGAUCCCCUCCUGGUGGAGGCGCUUGAAUUCCACCGGUCUCCCUCGUCCUUCGCUCCCGUCCAUGUGGAGGACAUUAUCUCGCAGCUCCUGCGGCGCGUCAUGAAGGACCCUGUCCCGACAAAUGUUGCUCCUUCCUUCCCUGCGUCACCCCUGCAAGGCUUCCGCCUGCUAUGUGAGGACGAGAUUGUCAACCUCCUGGCGCAUCCGGUCCCGCCGGAGGACAAGCUCCAUCCUUACAAGGACUUCUUCAGGCAGAUUGGUUCCACGGUCGCCCCGCCACAGCCCCCCGGCUACCAGCCCUCCCCACAUGAGGCGGCUCUGCGGCUGAUCGGCAUCAACACCAUUAUCGACUCGCUCCAGCGUGGCGGGGACUUGCGUUUCAUUGGCGAGUGCAUUGGCCAUCGGCAUCCCUUCUUCAUCCACUUGAUGAAUUGCUUCCUCCAGCGCUUUGACUUCUUUGGGCUUGGCAUCGUCGAGGCUCUGAGCAGCCCGGAAAUCCGAGCGCCCCAGAACAUGCUGCCCCGGGCCAGGGCAUGUAUGCACUUCUUGGCGAGCUUUGUCCUGCCAUCGGAGUCGCAGCAAAUCGAUCGUGUGGUGGCCGCUUUCGCCUACCGCCACUGGCAAACGUCGCCCCUGUGCUUCGCCGAUCCGGACGCCGCACACAUCCUGGCCUUCGCCAUUGUCCUCCUGCACACGGACCUGCACAAGGCCAGCAGUCAGGCGGCCGGGUCCGGGGGGGCUGGCUCUGGCGGGCAGUCAUCUGGCAGCUCGGGCCCCCCGAUGCCGCGCAUGCGCCGGUCCGAAUUCCGGCGGAAUUGCCGCGAUGUGGGCGGCGGCGCUCGCGGCGGUGUCGGUCGUCGUGUCCUCAACGAAAUCUACGAGAACAUCCGCCUGACGCCCCUACGCUUCCCGGGAUCGGCCACCGCGCCUGGGGCCGCCGCCGCUGCUCCUGCUGCUGCUGCUACUGCCACCGCCGCCGCCGCCGCCGCCGCCGCCACCACUCCGGGCCCCGGCAGCAGCCAGCCCCCGCCCCCGGCGCACGCGCCUGCUCAGCAGCCUCACUCCCAGCAUGACCCUUCGGUGCUUCGGCACUCGUCGGCCUCGUCGGCGGCCCCCUCGAUGCCCACCUCCAGCAGCUCGUCCAUGGUGUCCAUCUCCACCAUGGCCAACUCCUCGCCCUCCUCCUCGCCGCCUCUGUCCGGGUCGUCCUCCUGCACACUUCCCCUGACGGCCGGCAUGGCGCCGCCGGUUGGCACUCUGGCCGCGGAUCCGGCCAUUCCCACCGCCGGCACGCCGGUCCAGUCGGGCGGCCCGAGCACGGUGCCCCCGUCGAUGGCGGCACUGACCAAAAGCCGGCCCAGCUCCUUCACCGGGAGGCUGUUUGGCGGUGGGCAGCGCACCCGGUCACAAACCUUCAGCUCGGAUGCCACCAUCGCCACCGCGGUCACCACUCCGGCCACUCCGUCGGCCGGGGAGCCGCCAUCUCCCUUGGAUGCCCCUGUCUCGGAUCUGCCGGCUGCCUUGGCGGAUUUGCAAUCCGCCGAUACCCCGGCUGCCCUGGCCGCGGCCACCGCCUCGGGUGGGACCAUCCGGCGUCGCCGGUCUCUUGUUCGAACCAUCCGGGAUUUGACCUCCUCCUCGUCGUCCUCCUCCUCGGUGGCAUCUUCCUCGGCCACCGAUCCGGCCGAUGUGCUGACCACCUCGGUAGAUCUGACCGCCACAUGCGACUCGACCCCCUCGCCGGUGGUCAGCCCGACCACCGACGAGGAGCCAACCUCCCUUGUCAUGUCCUCUCGGCCGGUUCGGCCUCGGCCCCUUUCCAUGUCGAUUCCCCCCUCGCCGCAUGUCCUGCUCAGCGAGCCCGGCAAUUGCCCAGCCGUGACAGCCCUGCCACCGAGCACCGACGCCUAUCUCAAAAAUGUCCCCGCCCCGAGCAGUGUCUACCAGAACUUCGAUGACCCCAUCCUCAGCCAGCCGGUACACGUGAAGCAUGAGCUGGAUGAGGAUGGCCAGAAGCGCCGGCGCGGUGCUGGCGGUGGCCGGUCCUGGACGCGCAUGGUUCCGCGCCUGGUUGAUGGGUAUUUGGUCCUGCUCGACCCGAAGUUCGUGGCUGCAAGCGUGGGCCAAUUGCCGGCCCCGGCGUCCGCUGGGCCGGAUCACAUCCGGUACACGGUCCCUGUGGCCCUGGAGCCGGAUAGUGAGCGCGAGCUGGCCGAGCAGCUGGCCAUCAUGACCAUCGGCCUGGCCGAGUCGGCGACCAGCUUGCACCAGCUCAUCACCUCGUCGUAUGUGGAUCCGGCGCCGUCGGUGUCGAAGCCUCCGCAUCCCGCGGACCGGGCACGUUCCCAUGAGUCCCUUCUGUCUGGCGGCAGUGCCGGUGCCGGUGCCGGCGUCGGAAGUGGCUCGGCCCCGGCCGCUGGCGAGGGGAAGAGCAGCCCUGCCCCUUCAAUUGGGGCUUCCUCUGCGGGGCCGGCAUCGCCGAACUUGGCCCGGCGCCUGUCUGACUCGGCCACCACCGGGGCGGCGGCUGGCGGAGCUCCUGCCGCCGUUGGGGGCACCAUCCCCCCGGCCACUGGUGGAUUGGGCGGCCCUACUUCGCGCGGGCUCAGCACAUCAGCCAACAACCUCGGCCCGGCCGGCAACACCGUUCAGCAGCGCUCCUCCUUCCUCACCUCACAGGCGAUCUCCUCCUCUCAUCUGAGCCUGUCGGAGGCCGACGGUGCGGCUUCGACCGGGUCGGCCCUGCCCCAGCUGACUGGGCAAAUCCUGCUGGAGGCCGGGGUGCCCUUGGAGCCGCCGGUCAUGCCGGCUGGCUCGGUCAACACGCUCCUCAGCCCGCUGCCCAUCAUCCAGGCGUUCUCCCUGGGUGAGGCCAUUUGUCUGGUCGGGUCCGAGGCCUCGGUGGUCCGGUCGCACGCCAAGCGCGCGCAUGUGGUUCGCCUGCGGGCCGCGCGUGGUGUUGAGAUCCUGCUGGAUGUCGGUGAUGAGGCGGCCUGCCAACUCUGGGUCCGUGCACUGAACCGUGUGGCCCUUCAUGUGACAAGCCUUGCCUGUCUCCUGGGGCAUGUUUCAACGGGGACCUAUGCCUCAGUGUGCCCGUCAAGCGCUGGCGCCUCGGCCUUCCUGUUGAACAGCUUCUCGCAUGCUCUUCUGUCCGGCUACCUGUCACAGAAGUCCAUGGGAAGUCUCAGCCGCUCGAAGCCGAAUCAAAAGCUGGCGGCCUCUGUCAAGCGGUACUCACGGUCUUCGGUCCUGCUGCAGAGCCACCUGGCCACCGCGCCGACCAUUCAGAUGCGCCUCUCGGCCAUCUUCCGUCGAAUCAUUGCCCUGGCGCCGACGCAUUCUCAGGCGGUUGUCACGUACCGCCUAUCGCUGCUAAGCGAGUCGGCCGUCCUGGCUCCCGGUGGAGAUGCCGGCAUGUCAACCGCCGACGGUCUGGCUGCCGAUGAGGCUGACGGUGAUGCCGAGCACCGGCGCCUCCGCACAUACCUGCGUGUGGGUCCCGAGUCCGCCGGCGGCGGCAUUCAUGGCGUUAUCACCCAUGCGGCCAUCGAGUAUGGCCUGCACGUUGCCGCCGGCGCUGGGGCUCUGGUUCUGUCGAAGUAA